AUGGUGAUUGGUUUUCGGCCUAGUGUUUGGGAUCCAACUUUGAUUGUUGGACAAAUAAUAUGUAUACAGUCAACUUUUUAUGCGUCAGAAAGUAUUUUAUUAAGUACAAGCAGCUUUUUUGGUUAUAUGGUUUCAUUGAGAGACAUUUUCUCCGCACAGGUAACUCCUCGUCUAGUGGUUAUUCAGCUCUUAGCGGAUUGCAUUUGCGCGUUAAUGCUUUCCCGCAUUGUUUGUCGUGCAAAACAGUGUCUUGACUUUACUUCAACUCUUCAUUUUUGGCAUAUUUUGGCUGUUAUAUUGUAUGAUAAAAUUCCAUUUCAGGCGUCUUUUUGGUUAUUACAAGUUUUCAGUCUAGUGAUCUCGACUGUACUUAGUGAAUACAUUUGCUUGCAGUUAGAAACUCGUGAAAUAUUCUUGUCCACAAACUCCAAAUAUGAAGUAUAG